AUGAUAAAAUGUGUUACCAGUUUUAUUUCCACAGACUCAGAGCAGCCGGCUGAUCUGAGAAUAGUUCUGGUGGAGAAGACUGGAGCAGGGAAGAGUUCAACAGGAAACACCAUCCUGGGGAGAAAAGCCUUUACAGAAGAGGCCUCCUUUGUGUCUGUAACUGAAACAUGUGAGAAACAGAGUGGAGUGGUGGAUGGGAGGAAGAUUGAUGUCAUCGACACCCCGGGGCUCUAUGACACAACAAUGUCUGAAGAAGAGAUGAAAAGUGAAAAAGUCAGGUGUAUAGAAAUGUCAGUCCCAGGACCCCACGCCUUCCUGCUGGUGAUCAGACUGGGGAGGUUCACAGAGGAGGAGAGGAACACUGUUAAGUGGAUCCAGAGGAACUUUGGAGAAGAAGCCUCAAUGUACACCAUCUUGCUGUUCACACAUGGAGAUCAACUGAAGGGAAAAUCAGUGGAGGAGUUUCUGGCUGAGAGCAAAGAGCUACGGAAACUCAUCAAUAUCUCUGGGGGCAGAUAUCACUCCCUAAUCAAUGACAAGAGAAAAGACAACACUCGAGUUACAGAGCUGCUGAAUAAGAUAGAGGAGAUGGUGUCGAGGAAUGGAGGAAAACACUACACCAAUGAGAUGUACCAGGAAGAACAGAGGAAGAUCAAUGAGGAAAAGGAGAGGAAGAGACAGGAAGAGGAGAAGAGAGAUAGAGAGAGGAGACAGGAAGAAGAAGAAGAAGAAGAGAAGAGAAAUUGAAUGACUGCAAGUGGUCAGAGGAUUUCAGUUCAGCUGCAUUGGGGUUGGGAGCCAUGUACAGCUCUCCAUGGUCGUUAGCAGCAGGGGCUGCAUUAGCCACUGUUAAAGGUUAUGAUUGCAUGGACACCUAUUACAAAUCAGGUAGUUCCAACUCAGAAGACCAGAAGGAAUACGAUUUCCACAUCCACCAUCUCAGAUUAUUUUCAAAUUAAGAUGAAUUAUUGUGUUAUAUAAUCUAAAUAUAAUUUGAUCUCUGAGAAAUUAAGCAAAUUUAUUGCGCCCAAAUUUGACAUUUUAAUUGAUAGGAUUCAUAUACUAUUCAAUACAUAUAGUACCCAACAUCUGAUCUGGAUCCAAUUUUUCCCCAACAAUGAUUAAGGACAAAGAAUGCCUCAGAUCAGAUGUUGGGUAUUAUUUCACCCUAAUGCCUUGUUAACUGGAGGGUGGCCAUUUGCAUCUCCCUAAUGGUCCAAAUGUGGAAUCCAUAACCAUGCUGAUAUCAUGGACAGUAAUGGUUUGAGAACAUUCCAAGAUUUGGAAGAUACAUACACAUUACCAGAUACAUACACAUUACCAGUUACAUACACAUUACCAGUUACAUACACAUUACCAGAUACAUACACAUUACCAGAAACAUACACAUUACCAGACACAUACACAUUACAAGGCAACUCUUUUUGUUUAUAUUUACAACUCAGGUCAGCUAUGUUGGCCUAUGGAGUCCCUUGGGAAACCCAGCUACCGAACCAUCCAAUGAUGGGAAUUAUAAAUAAAUGAUCUGGGCUCCUGAAAGGACUGAUCUCUAUAAUAUACAUGCUAUACAUGCUAACUUCUGGAAAGUGGUAAAACAUUUUAAACAACUCCUCCCCCUUGGGGGUUGCAGAUAACCAAGUGGUUAGAGCAUUGGGCCAGUAACUGGAAGGUUACUGGAUCAAAUCCCUGAGCUAACAAGGUACAAAUCUGUUGUUCUGCUCCUGAGAAAGGCAGUUAACCCAGUGUUCCCCAGGUGCUGAAGAUGUGGCUGUUGAUUAAGGCAGCCCUCUGCACUUCUCUGAUUCAGAAGGGUUGGGUUAAAUGCAGAAGACACAUUUCAGUUGUAAAACUGACUAGUAUCCCCCUUUCCCUUGUUGUCCCAGCAGGUUUUGACAGCCUCUGGUCCCAUACCAGACAAAAUUUAAAUUUGUGGUACUUUCAAUAACCAUUUUGCUUCAGCUGGCCAAUUAUUUGAAAGGAUAAUCUCUGAAAAUGCAUAUCAUUCUACAAGAGUCCUCUAGUCACAUGACCUUGUAGAUAACGAUGCACUAACAGACUCACAGACUUUAUCUUCAUUUCCCCAUGUGAUGCCUAUGAUGUACUAAGUGCUAUGCUAAAGUGUAAGAAAGUAAAAAAUGUAUAGCUGAUUCACAUAAUCCCUUCUUACUCUCUGCACCAGUUAUCACAGAACCAUUGACCUACGUAUAUAUUAUAACUUUACAGUUGUUUCUGGUGAUAUCCUUAAGAUCUGUAAAGCAGCACAUGUCCUCCCCCUACAUAAAGGAGGAGGUCCUUCUGACUUAGAUAACUACCGUCCAAUUUGCAAAUUAUCGUGCCUUCCCAAAGUUUUAGAAUCCCUGGCCAACUGUCAACUAACUUUAACUUCUCACUCUAUUCUUAAUGUGAACCAAUCAGGAUUUAGACCUGGACAGAGCACAGUUUCAGCUGCUACGCUUGUUUUAGAUGUGUUCAA